AUGUGUGCUCUGGGGAUUUUAUUGUAAAAAAACAUUUACAUCUCUACCAUGGCAAAAGGCAAUUAUUCAGCAGUGUCAGAGUUUAUCCUCUUGGGCCUCACAGAUAAUCCAGAGCUUCAAGCCAUUCUCUUUGCUUUCUUCCUGGUCAUCUAUUUAGCUAGUGUCGUGGGCAAUCUUGGUUUGAUUGUGCUAAUACAAGUCAGUCCACAGCUUCACACACCCAUGUAUUUUUUUCUCAGCCAUCUGGCUUUUAUUGAUUUUUCUUUUACUUCAUCUGUCACCCCAAACACCUUGGUGAAUUUUCUGUGUGAAGUGAAAAGUGUAACGUUUUAUGCAUGUGCCAUCCAGGUGUGCUGCUUCAUCACCUUCGUAGUCUGUGAACAGUACUUGCUCUCAAUCAUGGCCUAUGACAGGUACGUUGCCAUCUGCAGCCCUUUACUCUAUGUCAUUCUCAUGCGUAAAAAGCUCUGCAGUCAGAUAAUUGCGAGCACGUAUGUUUAUGGAUUCAUCGUGGGUCUCGCACAGACGGUGGCAACAUUCCACUUGUCUUUCUGUGGCUCCAAUAGGGUCAACCACUUCUACUGUGAUGACGUUCCCUUGGUGGCUCUGGCCUGCUCUGACACUCAAGUCAAAGAGCUGAUGCUGUUAAUCAUUGCUGGGUUCAAUACCCUUUGCUCUCUACUGAUCGUGAUAAUUUCUUAUAUCUUCAUCCUCUUUGCCAUCCUGAGGAUCCAUUCUGCUGAAGGAAGACAGAAAGCCUUCUCUACCUGUGUUUCUCACCUGACCUCCAUCACCAUAUUUUAUGCGACAAUCAUUUUUAUGUACCUACUGCCCAAGUCAAGCCAUUCACUGAAAACAGAUAAAUUUGCUUCGGUGUUUUAUGUGGUAGUGAUUCCCAUGCUAAAUCCAUUGAUCUAUAGCUUGAGAAAUCAGGAAGUAAAAAAUGCACUGAAAAGAAUUAUAGAAAAGUCUCAUUUGGCUAUCAAAUAA